AUGGCAUCGGACUACGGAACCUAUUUGGCGGCUAAUAUUCUCAAUGAGGAUCGCAUAGUUACAUAUCGGCUUUUGAGCCGCGCCUUGAAGAUACACGUUAAUAUUGCCAAGGAGAUGCUAUUCGACUUUCACCAGCAACAAAAUCGCAAGAAGCCAGGAACAGUCCAUGCCUCAUAUCUUAUUGCGGGUAAAAAACUUCCAACUGACCAGCCAAAGGCGUCUAAUGUAGACGGCGCCGACGGUGAGGCUGGCUAUAUGCAAAGCAGCCCUCCUUUCAGGAGCACUCCACAUGAUGGUGCUCUGGAGUCUAACGGAGAUAUUCCUACUCUCUCCGUCACUUUGGUUCGAGAAGGAGACCUAGAACAAGCACGGAAGAAUUAUGAGUCUAUCAGCUCUAUUCACGUCUAUUGUUUGGGGCCGAGCGUGAUGAAAGAUCUCGAGGCCCUAUCAGACGCUAAUAGAGAAAUUGUCGAGAAGUACAGAGAUCAAGAUCCACUCGAGGCUGCAUCAACAUAUGGCACCGUGAUUAACAAGACUGUCAGGAGACGAGCAGGUCAUCGUGUGGCCACAUCUGCUGCGGUAGCCCCACCACCGGCUUUGAAGGUAACUACAAGCACCCUCAAGGCAGAACCUAAAACAGAACCCAAAGGAAGUAUCUCCGAGUCGAAGCCCGAUCCAGCGAUCUCUUCGACAUCAUCCACCAAAGUCAGUAAGGGUUUCUUUGGCAAAGCUGUUCCUAAAGGAGGCGCUCCAGCGACCAAAGACAUUCCGGCGCCAAAAAAUACUGCUUCCCUGAAAUGCGAAGGCUCUGGCGGCAUCUUUGCGUCGUUUGCAAAGGCCAAGAAGCCGACAGUAAAGAAUGAAGCCGCUGAUGUCUCUGAAGAUUCACUGAUGAAGGACGCUUCUGAUGACGAGGAGGAGACAUAUGUGCCGCCGCCAAGUAGGCCAAAGAAGGAUAUCGAGGAGAACCGGGAGUCGAGGAAAGCGAGGGAGGCGGCUCUAAUGCAGAUGAUGGAGGAGGACGACGAGGAGGAAGAGCCAAGCUUGUCUACUGUGCCUCAAGAUGCACCUGUGGAGGAAUAUGUGGAGAGCGUGACUCCUGAUGUACUGCCGACAGCUAGCCAGGAACCGCAGGAACAUAUGGAGGUUUCAGGGGGUAGUAGGAGAGGCAGACGACGAAUAGUGAAGAAAGUAACGACUAGAGACGAAGAAGGUUACUUGGUUACGAAGGAGGAGCCCGGCUGGGAGUCGUUUUCGGAGGAUGAGCCGGUUGUCAAGACGAAGUCUUCAGUUCCUUCCUCAUCUAGUGGACCGAAAGGGAAGAAACCCGCAGGGAAACCCGGACAGGGCAAUAUCAUGGCUUUCUUCGCAAAGAAGACAUGA